AAAAUCUUAAACGCGGGCUUGCACCUAGUGAUUGGUGUCCGUCUAACGAACCGCAUCGAAUCGUGCGCGCAGUGUGUUGGUUUUCGUGUUAGUUUAAAUUCGAUUUCUUCGUGAGUUUAAGUGUUUAUUUUUCAAACGUCCAGAGAAUUGCCGCUAUGGAAUUAAAGGUAUUAGCGGUUACGUUGUUGUUGGCCGUAAGCUGCAGCUGCCAAUACGAAGCAGAAAGUCAUCAACACGAUGAUGGAUGCUCUCAUCCACCAAAAUAUGGACCUAGCAAAUCUGAUUACACCCAGAGUCUAGCAUCUUACUCUCCAGCACCUAAACCAGUUUACUUCAAGCCAAGUUAUGAAGCAGCAAGCUACUCAGCCCCUAGUUACUCUGCUCCUAGCUACUCGGCUGCCAGCUACUCUGCACCUGCACCUAGCUACUCGGCUGCCAGCUACUCAGCUCAAAGUUACGCAGUUCCUGACCCGAGCUAUGCGUCCCCAAGUACCCCAAAAUACUCUUCACCGAGCUACACCAACAACUACAAACCAGCAAAGGCUGCAUACUCUGCCCCAGCAUACUCUGCUCCAGCAUACUCUGCCCCAUCAUACUCUGCCCCAUCAUACUCUGCCCCAUCAUACUCUGCCCCAUCAUAUAAGCCAGCAGUGUACACCACACCCAAAUACGAAGCUCCCCAAUACGUUUCUAGUACCACUGAGUACACACCACAUGAAUACAAAGCCGAUUACAAACCAGCUGCACCAUACUCAGUGACCACACCGAAAUGUGAAGAUGCUGCCCAACACGAGUACACCACUCCGGCUCCAUCUUACUCAUACUCUCCAUCACCAAAGUCAUAUACCAGCAAACCUGCCUACUCUGCAGCACCUGCAGCAUACUCUGCAUCCAGCUACUCGACUGCAGCUCCCAGCUACGCUGUACCCAAUCCAUCUUACUCUUCAGCGUCUUCAAGCUACUCUAAACCUAAAUACUCAUCAUCCAGUUACUCUUCGUCUAGUUACUCGUCGUCCAGCUACUCUACACCCGCCCCAAGCUACGCCGUACCCAGCCAAUCUUACUCACCAGCACCAGCCAGCUAUUCUCAACCAAAAUACUCUGCACCUAGCUACUCCUCAUCGAGCUACUCGUCGUCCAGUUACUCCGCACCAGCUGUCAGCUACGCCGUACCAGAACCAAACUACGCUUCGCCAUCCGCACCAAAAUACUCUCCACCCAGCUACUCCACACCAGCCCCAAGCUACGCCGUUCCUGAACCAGUGUACGCUUCACCAGCCGCACCAAAAUACUCUCCACCCAGCUACUCCACACCAGCUCCAAGCUACGCCGUUCCUGAACCAGUGUAUGCUUCACCAGCCGCACCAAAAUACUCUCCACCCAGCUACUCCACACCAGCCCCAAGCUACGCUGUUCCUGAACCAGUAUACGCUUCUCCACCAAAAUAUACUGCUCCAGCACCCAAAUACCAACCAUCGAGCUACAACUCGUACUCGAGCAGCAGCUACAAAGCCGCCAAACCCGAAUACUCUGCACCAGCACAUAAGUCCAUAGCUUACUCUACACCAUCAUCGUACGUCGCAGUGGCCCCCCCAAAAUGUGACGAACACGAACAGGAAUAUGUUACCAAAGCUCCAUCAUACGACUCCAAACAAUCGUACGCACCAGCACCAGCAUAUUCACCAGCCGCUUAUACGUCAUCGAAACAAUCUUACUCAUCUGCCCCAAUCGCCGUGUACUCUGCUCCAGCCGCUUCUUACGGCCCAGCCCCCGAAUACUCAGCAGCUCCUAGCUACCCAUCCCCAUCGUACUCCGCUUCCCAGAGCUACCAGUCUGCAUCUUACUCUUCUGCCCCGAGCUACUCAUCACAGUCGUACGCCCCUGCUCCUGCCCCAGCAUAUGCCCCAGCAGCUCAGUCAUACGCACCUGCCGCUCAAUCAUAUGAGCCAGCAGCUCCAUCAUACGCUCCAGCAGCCCCAUCAUACGCUCCAGCAGCCUCUUCAUACGCACCAGCCAAGACCUACGCCAGUUAUGUAACACCACCAAAAACUGGACCAACCAAGAACGUCGUAAACACUCACUUGGAAAAUUACGAUGAGAACCCAAGAUACGCCUACGAAUACAGCGUAGACGAUUCAUACACAGGUGACAAGAAGAGCCAAAAAGAAGAACGUGAUGGUGAAGUCGUAAAAGGAGAAUACAGCCUUGUCGAGCCCGACGGUUCCAUAAGGACUGUUACCUACUACGCCGACUGGGACAACGGAUUUUUCGCCAAUGUCUCAAAAACUCCAGCAGCUGGAGCUAAAUACUAAAUUUUAAUGUAUAAUUAAUGUAUUUUUCAACUCUUUUUUUUUUGUAUACGCUGGAUGUUACGAUAUAAAUAUGCAAAAAACGUAAGUCCCAUCAUAGCAAAAAUCAUAUAACGUAACUCAUCAACGCCAUAUUAUUACCCACAAUUCGCGUAUAUAUUUUUAGACCUUAAAUUAAUAUUUUUUAUAUAGAUUGAGAUCAGUAAAGUUCAUUCAAAUCGAAAUAAAAAAAAACGAUCUCACAACCACAUUGAAAAACGUAUCGAAAUUAAAUCUGCGUCGACUUGUUAUAAUUAAACAUCAAUAUUCUCAUAUUUUAAUUAUUUUAUUAGUUUGAACUUAAACGAAAAAAAAUAUCUAAGAAUGAAACACGAUAAAUCAGCAAUAAUAUAUUAAACUGUGUACAAAUAACUAUCGUCACCGAUGAUUUCACAGCUUAUUUUUUUCGAAAGCCCAUAAUUAAACACGUUAAACCAAUAACAAUAAUUGUCUAAUUUUAUAAUAGAAUUACGUUCUUCCUAGUUCUUUACCUAAUGCAAUUGUAUAUAUUUAUACUUUUCGAUGUAAAAUUUUUAUUAUUAUUAUUUUAUUAUAUUUUUUUUAUUAUUAUUAUUAUUAUGAUUAUUAAUCUUCGUGUACAAUCUUCAUUUAAUUUUUAUAUAUUAUUAUUUUAUGUAUCAUGACGAUAGAAUAGGUUAAUAGUGUUUUUGACUUAUAUAAAUGAAAACUUCGUAGUUACCAAUACACAA